AUGUCCAAGCUCUUCACCUGCUUCUUCGUCUUCUCCGCUCUGGUUCUUGCGAUCAACGCAAUCCAGCUCGAUGGAGCCACUAAUGAUCUGGAACGCAGAAAGUCAACUGCUGAGACCAUCGUUGAUUUGAUUGACGACAUAAAAAAGGCGAAGAAGAAUUCUGGCAGCGACGACGACGACGACAUCUUCAGCAACCUCUUCGAUGAUGAUGACGACGUCCCCCAGGGUUUCUUCACCACCGUAACCAAUGUGGGAGGCUCGACAGCCACAAUAGUAACACGCAGCGGAGGUCCAGCAAUUACACUGGCCGCACAAGGAAAGACAACUACUUUCGGUGGCUCAACUUGGACAGUCCCCACCGCAACGCCGACAAGUACAUCUUCUGGUUCAACGUCUGCUAAAUCUACCACCACUUUGUCAGGAUUCACCACAAUUUAUACUUCACUCGACAAGCACGCGGCCACAAUUGUUUCGAAUGUGGGCGGCGCCGCGAUCACCCUGACUUCGUCGAAGGGAACAACCACCACGUUCGGCGGAUCAACAUACACCAUCGCUACCCAUGUCCUCGCAGCAUCGGCGUCCAAAUCAAACGCCGCUGGAGCCUCCAUACAACCAGUGUCCGUCACAAGGGCUGCUCUUGGUGGUGUUUUAACUGUUGUCGCGAGUAUCGCCGUUGGGGCUAUGAUUGUGUUGUAA